AUGGCAGAGGACAACGACCCCACAGACAAGGACUCGCCGCGCGAAGUGGAGAAUGAUGUCAAGGAACUGCAGAAGGAUCUGUGUCGCAGUAUACAGCUCACGGACAACAUGAUCAAGUACAUCAUGAGUGAGGUCGAGGCCUAUGCUGCCCUUCGUGACCCAGAGACAGGCACCGAGGCUGGUCCGUAUGAGCGGAUUUGGAAGUCUGAUCAGCUCAUUCCCGCCUCCCUCAAAGCAGACCUCGUCUCAGCAAUCGCCCCGCUCGAGUCUGUCCCAGACUCCGAGAAGGACUGGCAUCCAGGAUCCGACGGCAAAGCGCUCGAUCUCGCGCACCCCUCGCUGUACCCCAUCGUCUACGAGCAUACCACCGCUUGCGGCGCUCAGGAGCCCCCCAGCCCUGCGCAACGGAUAUCAUCCCUAUGUACAGGCGCCGUCCGCUUGGUCUCGCCAUACGUCAACAGCAUCCACCCGGAAGAUCAUGAGGCGCUCACAACGAUCAUCCCGAAAGUGUUGGAGAAGGCCGUGCAAAUGUUCGAGAGGAUGCUCUCCGACCUCGCGAGGGAGACACAGCUCCCCACACGGCUAGACCUCCAGGGGCACAAGUUCCCGCAAUGCGUCUGGGUCCGGAAAUUGAGCCCACAAUGGACCCCGAGAUAA